AAAGCGCAUGCGCGGAGAGCGGCCCUCACAGCGCCACGUCCUGUACACCGGAGCCGUCAUGGUGCCUUCUGCAGUCCUCGUAGCGCUCUCCGCCCUGCUCGGCGCCUUUCUCGUGCGGGCCGACAUCCCCGAAGAAAACGACGUAUUGGUAUUGACGAAGGACACGUUUAGCAAGGCGCUGGAAAACGACUACUUGUUGGUGGAGUUCUAUGCUCCCUGGUGUGGACAUUGCAAGGCUCUGACACCAGAAUAUGAGAAGGCCGCCAAGAAACUAAAAGAGGAAGGCUCUAAAAUCCGGUUGGCCAAGGUAGACGCUACCGAAGAAGCAGAGUUGGCGCAACAGUUUGGUGUUCGUGGAUAUCCAACUAUCAAAUUCUUUAAAAAUGGAGAUAAAUCUUCACCUAAAGAAUAUUCAGCUGGCAGGGAGGCAGCAGACUUCAUUAAUUGGCUGAAGAAGCGAACUGGUCCGGCCGCUGCCACCCUGGCUGAUGAUGCCGCUGUUGCUGCUCUGGUUGAGUCCAGUGAAGUUGCAGUUAUUGGUUUCUUUAAGGACUCAGAGUCUGAACUCGCCAAAGUGUUCCUGCAGGCAGCAGAGGCCGUGGAUGAAUUGCCAUUUGGGAUCACUUCUAGUGAUGCUGCUUUUUCAAAGUAUGAAGUUGAGAAGGACAACGUUGUCCUCUUCAAGAAGUUUGAUGAAGGAAGGAACAACUAUGAUGGGGAGGUGACAAAGGAACAAGUCUUGAACUUCAUAAAAUCCAACCAGCUGCCUCUGGUCAUUGAGUUCACUGAGCAGACUGCACCAAAGAUCUUCGGUGGGGAGAUUAAGACUCACAUUCUGUUGUUCCUGCCAAAAAGCGCAUCUGACUACCAAGUGAAACUGGACAACUUUAAGAAAGCUGCUGUAGACUUCAAGGGAAAGAUCCUUUUCAUCUUCAUUGAUAGCGAUCACACAGACAACCAACGUAUUCUGGAGUUCUUUGGAUUGAAAAAGGAAGAAUGCCCUUCUGUUAGAUUGAUCACCCUGGAAGAGGAGAUGACCAAGUACAAGCCAGAGAGCGAUGACCUCUCUGCUGAAGCAAUCAAGGAUUUCUGUGACCGUUUCUUGGAUGGCAAAGUCAAGCCCCAUCUUAUGAGCCAGGAUGUCCCUGAUGACUGGGAAAAGAACCCAGUGAAGGUGUUGGUCGGGAAGAACUUUGAGGAAGUGGUCUUUGACGAGGAGAAGAAUGUAUUUGUUGAGUUCUAUGCUCCCUGGUGUGGACACUGCAAGCAGCUGGCACCAAUCUGGGACCAAUUAGGGGAGAAGUUCAAGGACCAAAAGGACAUUGUCAUUGCAAAAAUGGAUUCCACAGCCAACGAAAUUGAAGCUGUAAAGAUCCACAGCUUCCCCACCCUGAAAUACUUCCCAGCUGGACCAGGAAAGAAGGUUGUCGAUUACAGUGGGGAGAGAACAUUAGAAGGAUUUUCAAAGUUCCUGACAAGUGGAGGGCAAGAUGGAGGUGCUGAGGACCUGGAGGAUCUAGAUGAGGCUGAUGAGCCAGAUUUGGAGGAUGAUGAAGAUGAUGAGCACAAGAAGGAUGAAUUAUAAGGACCAUAAAGUAAAAACUGCAACAACCAGAAUACACUAAGAGUGGAGGGGGAUUAAAAAUGUCUACAAGUGUUUCACAUUGUCUGAGCUCUGAAAAAUCCAGGGAAAUGCUUCACCCCAGUCUGUACAUUAGGGUCUUUACUUUGGGAGGGGGGGAAUUAAGGGUGUUUUGUCGUGUUUGUUUUUGUUUUUUUUUACACUGCUUUUAUUUUUAACACUGUAAUUUUGCCCUGAUGUAAGUUUGGCACUUGUUGCUUUUUUGUGUUGUCAUAUAUAAUUUUUAUUUUCUUUAAUUUUGAAUGUUUUGUCGAUGGAACGAAUGCAAAUCUGCAUGGCUGGUGACUCAAACAAAGGGCUGUCCUUUCCCCCAUUUCAGCCACUCUUAGAUUAGAAGUGGGACCCCAUA